AGAAUCCGCAUACAGUACAAAAGGCACACGACAAUAUACAGAACACAACACAACACAACACAACACAACACAACACAAAAGAACAGAACAGAACAGAACAGAGCACAACAGAACUCAUUCAUCAGGAAUGGCUGCCGCAAGCAACACGAAUGCGCUGGUUUCAAUCGUAGUCCCUCGGCUGCUGCUCUUUCUGCAGCUCGGGGCCCUUGCCCUACCGGCCGCGGGUGAUUUUGCCGACGUCAAUUCGAUUCUCCGAGACGUCGCGGUGAGGUUGCCCGACGUUCCUACCAUGGGGGGUUCCGGGUAUUCGAUCGAUCUGACCGAAGUCGUCUGCACCGACAUCUACAUCGAGGAUGCCCACCUGGCGAGCCGGAGCGUGGGCUUGCUGCCCAACAGCGGCGGGAGCAGCGCGGGAGUGGCGUCCUCGGGAGUCGAACUCCAAUGGUCGAUAGAGGGGCUGGCCUUUAAUUGCCAGGCGAAAUACAAAUACAAGGGAUUGCUGGGGAUUGUCAACCGAGGAGAUGUGUAUCUCUACAGCCGCGACAACAAGGUCGUGAGCACCGCCACGGUAAGGUCUCUUCUGACCGGAUCGCCAAGUCCUCCCACGGAAAUUUCCAUGAACUCCUGUCUUCCAACGGUCGAGAUCGUCGACGUCGAUUUCGACAACGGUGGCUUUGUCGGCUGGGUUUUGGACGCCAUCGAAGGCCUGCUGAGAACGGCUAUGGAACUCGUAGCCAGCGACAAGAUUUGCGAGGAGCUCCAGGCCUUUUUGGAAGUCAACACGAAAGACCUGUUGGAAUACAUUGCGGGGGAGAACGGAUUGGAGCCCUACUUGUUGCCAGGUGCGGCGGCUUUGUCGCGUGAUCCCGAACAGCUGGAAGAAGAUUUCGUCGAGCGAUUGAAGCUGACGCCAUCGAUCGCCACCGAUUCGUCCACAACAAAAGCAACAGGAGCGACGGAGCUUCCUGCUACAACGGAACUGCUUAGUUUUUCAAAGCAGGAUACGUCGUCGGGGCGAUGGAUGAAUGAAUUGAUCCAAAAAGGAGUAUUCGCGUCUAACGAAAUGGUGUCCAUUGAAUCCGACAACGAUGCGGUGGGCCCCGCAACGGAGAAGGAUGAAUUGCAGGUGAACCAAUGGCUGCGAGAAUUCGUGUUGGAGGAAGAUGGUGCCAUGGUCCUGACUGCCUCCUCUGUUGGUCCCGAUGGAUUUCCAAGGGACGGUGUUUUGUACGACGCCGAAGACGUUGUCACACAUACCACAAUUGUCCUGGACCGUGUGAAGUUGCUGGGACUGGACACGCUCACCCAUUUCAGCCCGUUCGAAGUGGCCGGAAACUACACCCUGGAAACCUACCUAGCGUGGAAGUAUCUGGCACUCGAGGUAGACGUGACCGCCACGGUUCGUCCGUCGACGAGGCCGGAUUCCGUGAUCGAAACGGAAGGCACCUCGACACAAGUAAAGAUUGUCGAGCAGGUCAAACUCAUGCUGGGGGUGGACGGACUUACGGCAGGGGCUUCUCUCAUGGCGGCACUGAACCAAACGGCCCUGGAGAACAACGUGAGACUGGGUUCGCUGCUCAGGUCCAACACAGCCGCCAUCGACUGCCUCUUGUCCACCGUUGUUGAUCUAGAAUUUUCCACCCUAUCGGUAGAAGUCACCAACGAUGUCCUGACACCAUCGAUCGAAGGCCUGGUUUCGCCCGGAUUAGAUCGCCUCUUUUCUGAGGCCAUGGAUGCAUCCUUUUUGAUGUACGAACGUGUUCUGAUGGAGGCUGCACCGGUCUAUUUCCAAAACGAGUUGAGACCAAUGCUGACGCAGAGAAUCUUGCACGAAUAUCUGUUGCAGCGGCCACCAACUACCGGGGAAAGAGGCACUGUUGGUAGUGUCACACAAAACAGCAACAGUCGGACUUGUAUUCCGUGGACAAGCAACGAGGUCGAUGAUGAUAAACCAAUAGACUUUCGGGACUUGCUCCUCACAGCCGAAGAUGCCACUGACUUGGGAGGUUCGGGAUCCGCUGCAUACGGUAACCUCUUUUCUAGCAUGAUCAUGCCCUAUAUCAACGAAGAAGUACUAGAUCCCGACACAUUCAACACGCAAUGGAUCCGCAAAAUGACAAAGGAACAGUCCGGGAAAGAAGGGGUAUUGGAAUUCAAAGAUGUCUAUCGAUACCUCAAUGUCUCAUCGACAUCGCCCUUGUACGACAAGCUCGAUUUUCGAAUCUCGAAGAUUACCGUCUCCAACAUUGAUACAAUAGCAGCACCACUAGAGUUCAUGCAACCAACCAACCAGGGUAAUGUUCUAUCGAAUCAGCUAGCGAUGCAUUCGGUCACAGAUGAUGCCGGAAGAUUCCGUUUCCUUAACGUCACUCUUCAGGUGUAUAUGGGGAUCGAGGGAGACAAGUCGCCGUUGCAAAUGACUAACGUCGUAGAUUUCAGUAUCUCGGUUCCGGCCUCCACUUUUUCUGUUGAAAUCCUGGCCGACUUGAAAGAAAGAUCACUCCUUGAAUUCCCCUUGAAGGAUCUUGUAAAUCCACACUGUUGGCUAGCUGCAUUUGGCAGCGACCGAGAGGAUGACGAGGUGGAAGCCGAAAGCUUGAAAUCCAUCGAGAUUGAAUCUCUUUCAUUCAAUAUCUUGACGUUCUAUUUGGAUUCGGUGUGUAUAUCUGCGACGAGUCCGGGAUGUGGCUCCAUCUCCGAUGUAAUAUACGAAUUGGAAGAUGCCGCUUUUGCCACAUCCUUUCGAAAGCCAAUCAUCGAUCUUGUUGAAGACGUUGUUUUAUCACUCUGGGAUGCGUUGGAUGUCUCUGAGUUGAUCAAGCAAGCACAUAAAUUUUGUCCCCACUCGGAUAAAUUCGAAGCUUCAGCCCCAGAACCUACGGUUGAAAUGCCUAACCUUUCUGGAGUGUCGAGAAACUCGUCUCAAACUAUCCUAGCCUUGGGUAUUGUAGGACUACAAACAGCGAUUAUUGUUUCAGCCAAGAACCAUCUUCUCUUGGCUGAUAAUAAGCCACUUGUACCGAAUGACCAAUCACCAUCAGCUAAAUCAGAAACAAUGCCAUUUCCAGAAGGAAGUGAAAUUAUCGAUUGGAACAAUCUGUCGGACCUUGGAAGCUGGGUUGAUAUCGCGUUCGACGAAUUCCGGAAUUACCUUUCAAAAAGCGUCGUUGCUUCCACCGAAAGUUCAAAUGAAGUCCUUUCCCGGGAUCUUGCUUCGGACAUGACACUCCAAAUAAAUACUAUGCUACGAGAAUAUAUUCUCGAUAAGUCUAGAUCCCUCGAAUACGAGCUCAAGGAUUUGUCAUUUAUGGCUUUCGGUGUCACUAUUACUAUCUCAAAAGUGCGGAUAAGAGGUUUGGAUACGGUCACUGCGAUCGAGCCGUUGGUCGUUUUGGAUUCACAAAAAAUGAACACUAAACUGCAACUAGACGAUCUGAGCUUUGUUUUUGAAUGCCGUGUCACAAGAAUGGACGAAACAUGGACUGAUGAAAUCGAUCUAGUGUAUAAAGCAAAGGAUGUUCA